CAACGACCACCGACAUUAAGCAAGCCGUUGUUUACGAACAGGGAUCCUCAUGGACGCUGCCCCCGAUGCUUCAGCUGCGAAUUCGGCCAUGAGCCGUUCCACACGUGAAGAGGGAAAAGCUGCUGCUGCUGUAGCUCCUGCAGAGGAAAACUGGCAUCGAUGGGUUGCUCUGAGCUUUUGCGGCUUGUGUUUUCUUCAGGUUGCUCUCAACAUUUUCCUACAUUUGGCUUUCCGAGCUGAAGGCAACUGUCAAAAUCUGACUGCUGAAACAAAGGGGAUGAAGAAAAUCAGUGAUGGGAACCAAACUGACGACAGGGAGGAGUUGAUCCGGAAUCUGACUUUACAGCAGAGUUCCCUGGCUGUGGAGAGAGAUGUGUUGAGGAAGAAGCUGGAUGACUUCAUUUAUUAUUCCCAACACGGAUGGGUCUAUUUCAAUGGUAGUUUCUACUAUAUCUCUUCAAUCAUGAAAACCUGGCAACAAAGUAGAGAAGACUGUCAGCAGAAGAAAGUGGACUUGAUCAUUAUCAACAGCAAGAAAGAACAGGAUUUCUUUCAAAAGUUCCGAAGUCCCAUGUGGAUUGGACUAUCGGACAGACAAACAGAGGGAGUGUGGAAAUGGGUGGAUAGGACUCCGCUGACCAAAAGUGUCAGCUUCUGGGGCCCUGAUGAGCCCAACAGUUAUGAAGGCAGAAAUGAAGACUGUGCAGUCACUGGGUACCAUAGUGGAGAAAAAAGCUGGAAUGACGACCGGUGCACAACAGAAAACUUCUGGAUUUGUGAAAAGACAAUGUCUUUAUAAGUUAAGAUUCACAGCAGUCAUUUUGUGCUGUACAGACGUCAAUCUAAGCUGUGUUUGGUGUUUCAAAGACUGUUCUGACUGAGUGUUCUUUGUAUGUCUGCAUUCACCUGCCUACAGCAGAUGUAUUGUCUGUAAUAGAUCAUAUGAUGCAUUCUGUGAUAUACUGUAGUUCUAACUAAUAAGUACACGCUACUGAGUGUUAAUCAUUUUCUCAGCACUUGUUCUAUUGAGUCUUAAUCUGCACGACCUCUCUAAACUGCAGUUGUCUGGAGUGAGCAGAAAUGGUUCAUCGCUAACAACCACAUAAGUAUAGUUAUGAGGAAACACUGACACAUUCUGAUAAAGACCAGACUUUCACUGUUGUACCUGUAUAUAUUCAGUACUACUUCAAUAGCAUAAACUCUGCAGUCCUGUGAGAGCUGCACCAAUGACCACAUGCACAAUCUUUCACACAUUACACAUAUUUAGCACUCAGAUGAUUGAAAUCUCACUGCUCAUGUCAAGGCCUCUGAGAGGAAAUGCCAGCUUAAAUGCCAACGUUCGAUUGCAGGAUAUUUGUUACAUGACGCUCAGAGUUGCCAAAGACAGUAGAUACAAAUCUAAGUGACUGGACAGACUGCAUCACUCUGAAGAUGUGCAAUCAAAGUAGAGAGGACUGUCUGCAGAGAGGUGCAGACCUGACCAUCAUCAACAGUAGAGAAGUGGGUUUAUGUAUUAACAUAAUUAUCUGUACAUAAUAAAAGUAAAUAAAGAUGGACUGACUAAGA